AUGGCCCAGCACUUGACGGCCGGGGGGUGGGUGAGAGAACGAACCGGAGAAGGCAUCGAGGUUGAGAAAGAAGAAAAACAGCAGCCAUUUUGGGGCCAGAAAUGUCUCCUCGGGUGUUGUCCCAGACCAAUGAGGUCAAGAGUCGAGGAAAGGAACCGGGGAAAGGGUCUAUGGAAUUGUUGUUGGAAGGGCGAAGGGGGAACAGCUCGCUGUCUCGAGCCAACCAGGUGCAGCCGGAACGGGAUGGGCUCCGGGAUGCAGGCUGAAGGGUCGAGGGGCCGUCACCGUAGCACAGCGGGCCGUACCCCUUCACCUACUGCGUAA